AGGACAGAUGCUUGUGAAUGCCCCAUGGCGACAGCAGCCCCUAGUCAUUCUUUUCUUGCCUAUUCUCACUUGGAAGCGUUCUUUAGGUCAGUUCAUCUUCUGGGACCCCUCUCUGCCUUCUGGUUAAGGAAUCCAUGCACACACAUGAGAUGACUCAUCAGUGGGAUGGAUGUUCAGACACCAGAAAGGUGCUGGUAACUUGACAGGAACUUCCACAUUCUUUGGAGAGACCCUCUGUACUUGAAACCGAGAAGCAUCUGUGCAGGCUGAAUAUACCGGCUCAUUCCAGUGCCUGAAGCUGAUUACAUUCAUAAUGAAGAGGGCCAGGCAGAAGGUUGGGGUAGAAAAUGAAGCUCCUGAAACAUCACAGAAAAGAAAAAAGAGAACUUGUUUCCAGGGAGCACCGUUUGGAGAAGCCAGCUUGCACUCGGGCUGGGGGAGCCUUCCUCACCACGUCAUUCUGCGGAUAUUCCAGUUUCUACCUUUAGUAGAUCGAGCCAGGGCGUCCUCUGUUUGUCGAAGGUGGAAUGAAACUUUCCACGUCCCGGAACUCUGGAGGAGGUUUGAAUUCGAACUUAGCCAGCCAGCUACUUCUUAUUUAAAGUCCACUCAUCCUGAUCUCAUUCAGCAGAUUAUCAAGAGGCAUGCUGAUCAUCUGCAGUACGUCAGCUUCAAGGUUGAUAGUAGCACAGAGUCAGCAGAAGCAGCCUGUAACAUCCUUUCUCAGUUAGUGAACUGUUCUAUCAAGACACUGGGUUUGAUUUCUACAGCAAAACCAAGCUUCAUGAAUGUCUCUAAGGCUCAUUUUGCUUCAGCACUGACAGUAGUUUUUGUAAACUCCAAGUCAUUGUCAUCAAUCAAGAUUGAUGACACACCAGUUGAUGAUCCUUCUUUGAAGGUUCUUGUCGCCAACAAUAGUGACACUCUGAAACUACUAAAAAUGAGUAGUUGUCCGUAUGUGUCACCUGCUGGAAUUCUCUGCGUUGCUGACCAGUGUCAUGGACUUAAGGAGCUGGCAUUGAACUACUACAUUUUAAGUGAUGAACUGCUGCUGGCUCUUUCGAGUGAAAAACACGUGGAUCUUGAACACCUUCGGAUAGAUGUUGUGAGUGAAAAUCCUGGACAAGUUGAAUUCCACACCAUUAAAAAGCAAAGCUGGGAUGCUCUUGUUAAACACUCCCCCAAAGUCAACAUUGUGAUGUAUUUCUUCUUAUACGAAGAAGAAUUUGAUGCUUUCUUCAGAGAGGAAACCCCUGUUACACACCUUUACUUUGGUCGUGCAGUAAGCAAAGCAAUGCUAGGUCGCAUUGGCAUGAAUUGCCCAAGGUUAAUUGAGCUGGUUGUUUGUGCUAAUGGACUUCAGCCUUUGGAUGAGGAACUUAUGCAGAUUGCUGAGCGCUGUAAGAACUUAACGGCGAUGGGGCUUGGUGAAUGUGAAGUGACUUGCAGGGGGUUUGUUGAGUUUGUGAAGAUGUGUGGUGGCAGGCUCACCCAGCUUUCCAUAAUGGAGGAGGUGUUGAUUCCAGAUAACGAUUACAACUUGGAUCAGCUUCAUUCUGAAGUCUCCAAACACCUUGGAAGAAUGUGGUUUCCUGAUAUGAUGCCAACGUGGUGAACUACCGACAUCUGUGGAUAAACUGCUAGGAUCAGGGUGUUGCUCUCUAUGCAAAUAAGGAACUUAAAAAUGAUGUAUGAAACAUAUUUCCAGAUUUCAGUUUCUCUUCCUUGAAACCCUGGAUAGAGGGGUAACAGUAAAUCACUCAAGAAUGUUCACGGUAUAGUGAAAUAGUAAUUAAGUGUACUUAACUGUAGACACUCUUGAAAGUAUGUCCAUGGUUUACAGGUACUUUUUUACUUCGGUUAAAUAAGGCUGCUCUGAUUUAGUUUCAGUUUAAUUCUAUUAAAGUUAGACUUUUUGUGCUUAGUCUUUCUGAGGUAGUCAGGAGAUAAGUAGAGAAGCUUUCCUCCUUGAACAAAUCCAGCUUGUGGAGAGCUGGAUAAAACUUGGGAGUUCAGGAAAUCCGUAUUGUUUGCCAUGAUGUUUCAUGCAGCAGAUUUUUUCCAAGUUCUUGCUAUAAGUGCACAGGCUCAUACUUUAUAUUUGAGUAACCUGGACUGAUGUAAGUAUUUUUAUUUAGUUUAAGCUCACUUGAUGUGAGUACAUUGAAGUGGUGUGGUAAGCAUUAAGUUUAUGCCCCCCAAACCCUUCUGAUUUUAAAUUGCACUUUAAGUCAGUUUAAGAUUAGCCAAAUUGUAGAGACAGUUUUGUAGAGUAUGUUGUUUUUCUAUUUUAUGUACUUCAGUGGAUGGGGACAGAGACCUUGUUAAAAUUGCUGGAUUUCAAAGUUUGAAUCUAGGUCGAUUACUUACAUCAAUGAUAAAAGACUUUGGGAACUACAGAAUAAAGGGAAUAGCUUUCGUAUUGGAGAGAGGCCAGGCUCUCGAUUGUGAAAACUGAUGUCUGAAUGCUGUUCCAUGCUCCUGAUUAGAAGGAUUUCAGGAAAAGGACCAGUCAGAAAGAAGAUUUGAGAGGAAAAUGGUGAUCUUCAGUCACUUGCUGCCUGGGAUCCAGGGUUUAAGAGCACUUUCAAAACUUAUUUGCCAUUCAGAGGCCACAAUCUGUGGUAACUUUGCCUGUUUGCUAUAGUAACUUGCCGCAGUGUUCUCUGUGAGCCCUGGUUCCCAGAGCUUGUGUUGCUGGUUCCUGAAAUUUUUGAUCUAGGGGGGGAAAAAAGUAUAUGACUGUUCAUUACAUGUUACUCUUAAUUGUUUGGGGUUUUUUGAGGAGAAAAGUUCUAUUCCUUGCUUGCGGGCAGUGGAAGGGAAGGGGGAGUUGAUGUAGAGUAUSUAUAUUUGUGAUAUUUUGCACACUUUGUAAACUAAAAUAUACUGCAUACCAAUAUUACAGUAAUUAUUUUCUUGCUGUAGUAGGUCCAUCUUCCUGUUUGUAAUGAUGUGUCCAUUUGAUGAAUGGUGGGAUUUGUGACGUUAUAGCCAAUGUCAGAUGGUUUCUUCCGCAGUUGAGCUUUUCUGCAAAAAUAACUGCCGUGGGUUGUCUGAAACUACCAUUAUCUUGGACAAACUUGUUUUAUGACUUGUUCACAACUCUAAGCUAAGGGAAUUAAGUAAGAAGAUGCAGGUCUGAAUCA